AUGACUUUGGUGGUAUAUUUACCAGAAAGGGCGUUAGGCGUCAAGCGCUACGUCUUCUUGACGCCCUGGUUGAACGAAGGACGAUUAUCGGAGAGUCUCGUCUUCAUCGCUCAUGAUGUCGGAGGCAUUCUAGUCAAGGAAGCGCUCGCUCUAGCCGGACAAAGCUUUGGGAAAUAUACCAAUGUCUUUCUGCAUACUAAAGCUAUAGUAUUCUUGGGCUGUCCGCAUCGAAGCAAUGGACCUUAUGAGCUGAGGAAAGACUUGGUCAAGCUCCUGAAUCUUCAGAUUUUCGGAUCCAUCAGUGAGUCAGAUUCUUGGGCAGUUACCUAUGGAAUGCCAGAUUGGAUCCGAGAUGUCAACUUUGCUUUCGCUGAGUCGAGACUAUCGAUUUGGGCCGGAGUGAUUAGCGUCUUCUCAUGCUAUGGCGAACCAUCUUUAAGAAUCUUCGACGAAUCCGUUGCCACAAUGGAACUCCCAUUUGAAGCACGCCUAAGCCUCGGGAUCGAAAUGUCCCACCAAAAUCUGGUACUUGCCUGUGAGAAUACCGGCUUCCAUGAUCUGUUGAAACGGAGUUUAUGGCCUUGCGGUGAUGACCAAGGCUACAUUCUAUCUCUGGCGUCCCAAACUCCUCCACAAUAUUCGCUGAAUGCGUCAUCUAAAGAUCUCAGACAGUACGAAUGGAUUACCACUGACAAGAAUUUCCAGGAGUGGAAGGAAACUGGUGGACUACAACUCCUCCUGAUUUGUCUCGCCUCUGUCGAGGCUGCCACUGAAGCAGCAGAAUCCUCAUUCCACUUCUUGGGCGACAGCAAAGCGUCAGGUCGCCAAGGUGCGAGUUGUCUCUACUUCGAAUUCAUACCGUCCGACACACGGCGCAACUCCAUCGAGUCCAUGCUGUAUCUGUUCUUGGCUCAGAUGCUUUCCCGAUGUCACAACGGCCAAGGUGAGCAAGCCACCAUCGGGAGAAGGCUGGUUGGGUUUCUGGACAAAUUUGCAUGGUUGAAUCGAGAAGACCUGCUUGUGGUCUUCAUGGAGAGCCUCCUUGACCUUGGCACAAGAGAUCAAGGCGUUGUAUUGGUGCUGGGGAACCUACAAGACAAUAUUACGUCGUGCGACUGGUUCCUGAGUAAACUCAACAACCUGGCCGAAGAAUGCGAGGCCAGAAUCAAGGUCAUCAUCACCACUCUCAAAGUGGCACAGCCAGAACAAACAGCACUCUGGCCAGAGGUUGGCGUCGAGGUUAAAGCGACUCGGCAGCCCGAGCAUCAAGAUUGUACCAAAGUCCCAGAGCAAACUGCCAACGAAACUGCCCCGAACAAUGUGGAGAAGACCGAAAUCAUGCAUCGACCAGAUCAGAGGGACCUGGCUGGACAUCUCGACAUUGACUUCUUGAGACUGGCACAGACUAGUUCAAUGACAGAAAUGGCUCAUACCGUGCUUUCGCAUCUCCUCCAAGCAUGCAGGGGAGACAAUGAUUUGCGAUCAAUGGUGAUUAACUGGUACAGAAACCAGCAAUCUGAUACGUGUCUCAAUACUCCGGCCCUACGAGAGCUUCGAUCGAGCAAUGUCACCCCCGCGGUUGUGUUCAAAGCCAUUCUGUCCUCUCUACCUCUGGCCACAGACCGGUUCUUACAUGACAUGUUGAACCUAUUGCUCUACUCGCUUCGUCCAUUGAGCGUUCUUGAGCUGAAUGAUCUGGCCCGACGCAACGGGGAACAGGCCGAGAACUUCGAGCUACUCGAGACACCGGCCCUCAGCUUACAUUCAAGGUUACAGUCCACCUUGGGUGGUCUAGUACGGGUCAAUGGAUAUGAGGUCCAAUUUGCCCAUAGAGACCUUCGUCGAUAUCUGUUGGCCGACGAUUCUCCGCUCACAACUCCCACAUGGAAGGCUCACCAGGAGACAGCAGACUUCUGCCUCAAACACAUCAUCAGCAUUCGAGGUGGUGAUUCCGUUACAGAUGAGUGGCCUAGAGGCAGGGCGGCUAUUGCGGUCGAACAGCGACACAGCUUUUUGCACUACGCGGUGCGAUGGUGGCCUCGCCACGCUCGGCUGUCUGAGGCUGGAAGAUCGUACUGCACCAAUCAGUUUCUCGACUUCUGGAACAACGGUCCUUUAGCGGACUGGGCCAAGAUGCACUGGGAGCUCCAAAACCCUUUUAACCGGGGCAGCAUUACGGAAGACAACCCUCUUGCCGUUCUCGCUGCCAAUGGUCUUUUAGAAGCGUUGUUCCAGGUGACCAAUGGACAACUACAAUGUUGGUCAAAAACAUCUGAUGGUCUGCUUUACCACAGGCUCAUCCAAUCAGUUGAAGCGGCAGCGGGAAACGGUGAGCUGGGGACUGCUCUUGGAGUCACCGAGAAGCUCGACUCUCUUCCUGAUUCUUGGGAUAACGUGAUGCUUGCCGCCAUCCAGUCAGGCAAUCGAAAAGCAGCGACGGAAUUGAUCAGCCUUGGUCUUCGAAACCGGGAGAACGUUCAAGACCCAACUCUCCUCCUAUGUCGAGCAUCAUCGCUUAGAGAGAUCGCUGUUGUGAAAGAGAUUCUACCUCUGGCAAUCGAGAAAAACCAACAGAAUGCGACGGUUGCUGGACUGACUGCUCUGCAGCACGCCUGUUCCAGAGGCAAUCUCGAGGCAGCAAAACUCCUUGUCACCUAUGAUGACAUCUUCUUCAAGACUGAACACAAGGAGACGGCUCUGGAACUUGCCUGUAAAUUCGGGCAUGCUGAAAUUGUUGACCUAUUGAUCAAGGCCGCUGCGUUUCGUUCCGACGUGGCUGACGUGGCAGACGUGUUUGAAGCUUGUGCAGCUCUUGCGAUCAAAUUCGGACAUCAUCGUAUCCUGGACCAGGUCUUGACGGCUUUAAAACAGGCAGAGUUCGAGGAGGAAGCUGUGGUGGAUUGGGUGACUGCAGUAAUCACCAUGAAACGCCACAAGUGCUGGAAAGUUCUCUGGAGCCAUAUCGGGGACCUUGUCAAUCCGGAGGAGGACAGUUUCCUCGACGCUUUGAAGAGCGCAAUUGAGUCUGGGUUCUCACUGGCAUAUGGUGACAUGUUAAAAGCCGACGGGGCACUUGCAGGGGGUGCCUAUGACCAAUUGCUCGAGUGUGGCAUCGUAUUGGACUGGGACUUACAAGCCAUCGGCGCGAUCCUCACCGCUAGCCGUGAACACUGCUCUCCGGAAGAGCAUGCCCAGAUGCUUGAGGACGCUAUUCAUGUCGCGGUGGCGCAACAACGAGAAGAAACCUUGCGCCUGCUUGUCCGCGAGGGAGCGCCGCUCGACAAGCGAGAUUGGAAUGGUGCCACUCCGUUAUUUCGCGCGGUAUAUGCUCGAUGCUCUGGCGUUGCUCGCAUUCUGAUCGAGGCGGGAGCAGACCUAGAGGUGCUAGACGAUGAUGGUGACUGGCGGCCGAUCCAUGCUGCCUACGACGAUGCAACUACCACACGUUUGUUGAUCCAGAAGGGAGCAGACAUCAAUGCUAAGACAAAGAAUGGAUGGACCUGUCUCUAUUAUGCAGCAAAGUGGGAUAAAGAAGAGGUUCUCGAGGCACUACUCGAGCACAGACAAAGAAUCAACCCCGAUGCCAUACAGGAGGCUUUGAGCGCGGCCGUCUCCAAACUGAACACUCGAUGCGUCGGCCGCCUCUUGAGCGCGGGGGCAGAUCCUCGGAAUCUUCCCUCGCAGGGCUGCGAGGAACUUAUGAAUGCCGUCAAUGGGGGUGCAAAAGACAUUGUGAAAAUGUUGCUAGAGUUCAACCUGGAUCUGGAGAAGGCCAAGGACGUGUACGGUUACUCGGUCUUGAAUCGAGCCGUUCUCAUCACCCGCCGUGAAGACGAUGAGUCCAUUGUCAAAGCGUUUGUCAACAGAGGAGCCGAUCUAGAAAGUGCCAGCAAUGACGGCUACACGGCUCUUUGCAGUGCGGCAUGGCAAGAUAACUUGGAGAUCGCUCGGUACCUGAUCCUCAAAGGCGCAAGGAUCAACAUCACUGGUGGUCCACAUGGCGGGCCGCUCAUACGUGCCUGCCGGAUGGCGUCCUUGGACAUGGUCAAGCUCUUGUGCAAGCAUGGCGCAGACACCAACAUCGUCCACCCGGGUGUUAACGGCACGCCACUUCAAGCGGCGCUGCUGCGCGACCCGGGCCCCGAAAAAGAUAGCAUCAUCAAGUACCUGCUUGACGACGCCGAGGACAAGGCCGACGCCAAUCUGACAAGCAACUGGUGGGGAGGGCCCCUGAGCGUGGCGGUCCUCAGCGGCACCAUGGAAGUGAUAAGGCUGCUGUUGGAAAGGGGCGCAAAGGUCAACAGCGUUGACAGGGUCGGCCGCCAGGCUAUCCACUAUGCUCUCUACCGAUCGAUCGACCGGGUGGAGCUGCUGUGCCGACCUGAACAUGGCGCGCAGCUUUUCGAACCUGACAAGAUGGGAAGGGGCGCUCUCCAUCUGGCGGUUGUCAGCGGCCGUCUCGAUCUAGUUCGGGACAGAGAUCAAUGGACACCGCUCCUCUGGGCCAUGCGAAAAUGCACUUUCUGGGAUGCCCAGUCUGAUAACAGACAAGAGAUCCUCGAAGAACUGCUCCACCACGGGGCAGAUCUCUUCGCGGAAGGUCUGGGCCUUGACCGGAAGUGGACAGCACUGAAGCUCGCGAACCACUACAACCUGCCUUCCAGUAUCAUCGAUUUCCUGGAGUUGCGUGCCGCCGCAUUGAAUCGAACUUGGGAUAGUUGCGUCCUCGGACCUCAGGCGAUUGUCAGGAACCCACUGUCUCCUCAAUCUUCAUUCCACCUCAGAUUUCUGUCCCGGUCCUAUCCUCCGCUUCUCCUGGUCAAUCACAAGUUUCGUGCUGUUACAUUCAACUCCAGAUCUCUCGACCUACGGCCAAAACUCAACAUGACACAAGGGAGGCAGUCGACCCUUGGCAAAUUCCUCGGGAGCAAACAGAACGGCAACAAAUCAAAAACCCAGUCUACUCUCUCGUUCAACCAAAAGUCAAUUCCCAAUGGUAAAAAGGAGAACGAUCCACCCAAAGGAGAGAAUGAUGUGACUCUAGAUCCGGAAAAAGGACAGGCGGACGACGUCGAGAAUAACAAGGAAGAAAGCAACACUUCCCCGAGCAGAAAGCACAAGCUAGAGUCCACAGAAGAGGACGAGUCUGAUGAUGAGCCUGUGGUCAAGAGACGGAGGCGAACUUCUGCGUCCAAAGAUAAGCCCAAGGCAUCCCCAAAGACAAAUGGUGUCUCAAGAACCGAUUCCGACCCCGACACCGAAAAGACGUCUUCGAAAGCGGUCGAGCCACAACAAGAGGAACCAGAACCGUCAGAUCGUGCUAGCAGUGUAUCAGAAGCUGAAGAUGAUGUCUCUGCAAGUGAAGAUGAGAACCCCAGGGUUGACAAAAAGCAAGUGGCCAAAAUUCAAGCCACCAUCAAAUCAACAGGGAAAGAUCCUUAUCCUGACUGGAAGGCCGGUGAGCCCGUACCAUACGCGGCACUGUGUACAACCUUUUCUUUGAUCGAACUCACUACCAAACGUCUCCAAAUCACGGCCUACUGUUCAGCCUUUCUUCAGCAAGUACUCCGCUUGACCCCCCAAGAUCUCCUGCCUACGAUUCAACUUAUGCUGAACAAGCUCGCCGCCGACUACGCUGGCAUCGAACUUGGAAUAGGGGAAUCGCUGAUCAUGAAAGCCAUCGGAGAGAGUUCUGGCCGCUCGUUAUCGGUCAUCAAGGCGGAUCACCAAAAGAUUGGUGACCUCGGUCUGGUUGCAGCCAAGAGCAAAUCUAAGCAGAGCCAGAUGUUCAAGCCAAAACCGCUGACUGUCCGUGGCGUCCAUCAGGGAUUACUUGAUAUUGCCAAGAUGGAAGGGCAAGGUUCACAAGAUCAGAAAGUUCGAGCCAUCAAUAAACUCAUGGCAUCUGCAGAUGUCUCAUCCACGAGUAAAACCGUCGAUAUCACAAAGGACAAAGGAGGUCCUUCCGAGGCCAAAUUCUUGGUUCGUUUCCUGGAAGGAAAAUUGAGAUUGGGCCUUGCGGAGAAAACAGUCAUCAUUGCAUUGGCACAGGCCGUUGUUACUCACGAGGCGACGAAGGAGGGCAAGGUUCCCACUACGGAUCAAUUGGCGCAGGGAGAAGCUGCCCUGAAAAUGGUUUACAGCCAGCUGCCCUCGUACGAAGUCAUCAUUCCAGCAAUGCUGGAACAUGGUAUUUUCCACUUACACGAGACGUGUAAGUUGCAGCCAGGGGUGCCCCUGAAACCUAUGCUUGCCAAACCGACCAAGGCAAUCACUGAGGUGCUUGACCGCUUCGAGGGCAAAACCUUCACAUGCGAAUACAAAUACGAUGGGGAGCGUUCUCAGAUCCACUACAUUGCCCCGGAAGCCAUGUCCGAAUACCCAGCGGCGCAGAAUACACUGACCAAAGAUCCAAAGGCAUUCAAAGGUCUGGCAGCCGUGUUCUCGAGGAACUCUGAGGAUCUGUCCAAAAAGUACCCCGACAUCCUGGAGAAACUCAAUACGUGGAUCAAGCCCACAACGAAGAGUUUUGUGCUGGACUGUGAAACCGUCGCCUGGGACCCUCAGAACAGGAAAAUCCUACCGUUCCAGCAACUUAUGACCCGGAAGCGCAAAGACGUCAAGACAUCUGAAGUCACGGUCAAAGUCUGUGUCUUUGCCUUCGAUAUGCUCUUUUAUAACGGUGAAGCGCUUGUGCAGAAAACAUUCCGUGAGAGACGAGACUUACUGCACGACGCCUUCGUGCCAGUAGACGGCGAAUUCCAAUUUGCCCAAUAUGGCGAUGCCAAGGAUAUUGAAGAGAUUCAGCAUCUACUCGAUGAUGCUGUCAAAGCAUCUUGCGAAGGCUUGAUGGUGAAGAUGCUCGACACGGAAGAAUCGGCCUACGAGCCUUCGAAACGCUCGAGGAACUGGCUCAAAGUGAAGAAGGACUAUCUCUCUACCACAGGCGACUCUUUGGAUCUUGUGGUUCUAGGGGCUUACCACGGCAAAGGUAAGCGCACAUCCUGGUAUGGUGCUUUCCUUCUUGCAGCAUACAAUCCAGAGACCCAAAAUUUCGAAACGGUCUGCAACAUUGGCACCGGUUUCUCUGAGUCCCUGCUCGAGGAGCUCGCCAAGGAGCUCUCCGAAAUAGUGAUCGAGCGCCCUAAACCCUUCUACUCUCAUUCGACCGUCAAAAAUGACCAGCCAGAUGUUUGGUUCGAGCCGCGGCAUGUCUGGGAAGUGAAGACUGCGGAUCUUACGUUGAGUCCUAGAUACCGGGCCGCAAUCGAGGAGAUGGGCGGCAAAAAUGGGAUAAGCCUCAGAUUUCCCCGGUUCAUCCAGCGAAGAGACGACAAGAAGCCGGAGGAGGCGACAACAAGCGCGGACGUAGCAGAGAUGUACAGGAAACAGGAGGUGGUGCAGAAGGAACAGUCGGGCAAGACUGGAGUGGAUGACGACUUUGAGUAUUAG